AUGGCCAUUCACUUUAGGCCAUUUGAACCAUCGUCGGCUGUGCUCCUGCAUAAAUUGAAUCUUUUUUUUUACGCCGUCGACGAGCUGGAGGUGCAAGCCCGCCUUGCGACCCCUGCCGUUCCUGUCUGCAUUGUGAAGCUGCAGCAGUUGAUGGAAGUCACGACGGCGUCGAUACUGGGAAAUAUGUGGCCGCAGCAGGCAGACCAUACCCUCAAGGCUCUCUGUCGGUUCGCGUUUGCUCCCGGCAAACCCAAUGACCUUCACUUGCUGUCUCUGAACUGCCUGGAGAAGAUGGCGAAGCUCUCUUCUAGGGCCGACGUCCGAACAAACGAGCUGCACAUACAUGCCGCAGUCGAGAUAUUGACACACUUGUCGACAGACUACAUGGCCGAUCUACGGUUAUCCUUUUGCAGCGGUGAAUUGGUAGAGGUGGUCGACAUAUGCUAUAUCAAUGCAUGCUCGAGCCAAGCCUUCCCGAUGGUCCGGGCGAAGCGGCAUUUGGUCUACGUCUGGCUAUUACGGACCGCUUCAUGA